AUGGAGUUUGCGACUCGAGAGGAACUUUUAUCCAAGAUAAAUGCGACCAAUUUUAUCCUUCUUAUUUUCGCAUAUAUUGGACUUCGAUCUAUCUAUCAGGUUAUUCAUUAUCGUUUCUUUCAUCCUUUGUCAGGAUUCCCUGGCCCCUUCUGGGCUAGUGUGACCAGGCUUUGGAUCGCGUGGCAUAAUGUGAGAGAUACUGAGCUACCCAUACUAUAUGCUUUGAAAAAGAAAUAUGGACCUGUUGUGCGGAUCACUCCAACACUUUUGCUAUUUAAUGAUCCCUUGAAGCUUCCAGAGUUCUACCACCGCAGUGCAGACAAAACGGAGUUCUAUACUACUGGGACUUUUGGGGAUCCCGAAGCUAUGUUCAACAUAAGACCACACAAGGAACAUGCUGCAUUGAGAAAGCAUAUUGCAGGACUGUAUAAGUUCUCCAAUAUGAAAAAGCUAGAGCUCUUAAUGGAUCAUAGAAUCGGUGAUUGGCUAAGCCAACUAGACAACAAAUUCGCUGAAACAGGUGAUGCAUUUGACUUUUCAUGGUGGUCUGUGUACCUAGCCUAUGAUGUGAUCAGUGAAGUUGGGUACGGUGUUCCUUUUGGAUUUAUCGAGCAAGGUAAGGACGUCGCAAACCUUAUCCGAAGCCUUCAUCAGGGGUUUACGAUGUUUGGGCUUCUUGGUCGCCUCCAUCACCUCACAAAUUGGAUCAAGACCACAUUUUUGAAGAAAUAUCUCGUUGCAAAGUCCACUGAUGACUCGGGUAUGGGUGUCCUUCUGCGCUUCCGUGAUAAAUUGAUCGACAAGCGCCUAGAAGAUGUCAAGAUGAGCAAGCCUAUUGAUAAAACCGAUUUUCUUCAAUUUCUUAUCAACGCCAGAACCGAAGAUGAUAAGCCUCUAGAUGACGGAGUCAUUCGUGCAGAGCUUUUGAUUGUCUUGACCGCAGGCGCAGAUACUAUCGCAUCCGUUUUUCAAGGCUUAGUACAAUACCUUCUCAAGAAUCCACAUGUUUACAAGCAGAUUGAAUCAGCAGCUCAAAGUGGUCUUAUCUCCCAGGUGGCUCAGUAUAGUGAAGUUACCGAGCACCUCCCAUAUUAUGCUGCUUGUAUAUACGAAACUAUGCGUCUCAGUCCACCUGGCUCUACCAUUCUCCCCCGUUAUGUCUCUGCACCAGGCGCCGACCUCUACGGGACUUUUGUCCCCCCUGGAACAGAAGUCGCGGCCAAUUCAUGGAUUGGUGAAGAUGCGGAGGACUUCUGCCCUGACCGCUGGCUGAAUCCAGAACGGGCAAAAUUGUUCAAGAAGUAUGAUUUCACUUUUGGCUAUGGAAGCCGAGCUUGUCUAGGAAAGGAUAUUGCAACCAUGGAAUUGUUCAAGGCCCCGUUGCAGUUCCUUCGUCGCUACCGCUUCGAACAGGUUUCUGAAAAACCCGCCGCAAAAUUUGUGCUCCAUGGUGGGAUUGCAUCAUGGAUCGAUGUCUGGAUCACGCUCCGUCAGAAGUCUCCUGGGAAAUAA